CACUCUUGGCAUCUUCUAAGACUCGCUACAUUUGUUUCCAAACAGUACCAAGGAAAGAGUAGAAUGAGCCAAGGAGCACCGUAUGUCAUCACUCGAUCCUAUGCGAGGCGGCACACCGAUGAGAGGAUCUAUAAAGUAGUAAGUAAGAUUCAAAUUCGAAAAUGCAACUCCAACCUUCGCCUUUCAUUCGAUUUUCCUGUCGACUCUUUCCAUUCCCUUUUUGACUCUCGGUGCCGGCACCUUUCAUUCUUUCAAGGACCAUAUCACCAAACACAGUUCAUUCAUCCGUCAAUAUGAAGUCAGGAUUCGCUAUCUCAACACUCGUUGCCACCGCCCUCGCCGGCGCCAUCCCCGGUGAUGUGCACACGCAUAUCCACCGCCGCACCGCGGCUCCAGUCUGCGCCUUCGACGAAAAGACUUUCGCUUUUGACGAUACCAACGCUUGGGGCACAACGCUGAGGAAGCGCGAUUCGAACCAAACGACAUGGAACCCGCCUUCGGACAUCAAGACCGCGCUUGAGCAAGUCUGGAAGCACGAGCUUGAGACCUACUCUGACGCGCUUGGCUUCAUGAACUACGGCUACGACCAAGUCAUGGCUGGCAAGGGCAAGAUCGGCUACUGCGUGCGCUGGGAGGGCGACGCAACCGUCACGGCCGCGCAACGCACCGACAUCGAGAACGCGCUCAAGAAGCAGUACAACAAGUUUAUCAGCGUGCUUGCCGGAUUCGAAGAUUUCCCAUACAGCACCGUCGACGUGAAUGUCGUUGGCUGGGCGGUCAAGAACAAGAGCCAGCUCCAGGGCGAUGUCAGCGGUAUUGAGAUCUACACCGAUGUCGAUGCCGAUGGCAUCCCGCAGUGCGCUGAGUCCUGCGGUCGCUUCUUCCACCAGGAUGGCAACUAUGCUGGUUGCGAGGCUGGUGCGGACCGCCACUACGACAACUCGCUUUGGCUUACUCCUGGCUUUGGCGGUGGUGCGGGUGGUGACUGGGGCCAGCGUCUUGCGCAGGAGUACUUUCUGGAGAAUGUAAAUGCUGAGAACAUUCACAUCUACCUCCACGAGGUUGGCCACACCUAUGCGCUUGAUGACUUCUAUGACUGGACUCCCUCCGGUGUUACCAACUUCCUCAUGCUGGCUGGCAGCGCGACUCAGAUCACGGAGUUCGAUGCGUGGAUGGCGAGGGAUUGGUGGAGGAACCUCAAGUCGCGUUACAGCUUGUGAGCUGCCUCGUUGAAUAGAGAAGCUGCAUCGAGGAAACGUCGGAAGUUGUGAGCGUCGACGCGAGGUAUUGAUGCUGCUGAUGCUCCUUCGGUGUCAUGUGGCGCUUUCUUGUUGAUAAACAUACCUUAUUUGAACAUAUUGAACAUUCGA